CCAACUAUUCUAACUGCUUGAAAGAGGGUGCAUUGUUUCCUCAUUGUUUGUUGCGUCUGCCGUUCAAUUGCUACGGCACACUCGUUCGCAUUGCGUUUACCUACUCAGGCAGUGACGUUCAGACCCUUCAGACACCACGAAUCGCGUUGUUUUCGUGCCUGACUACUGCAACCCGGGCCAACGGGCUGACUUUCUGCGGCCACAACAAUCAUGGAUAUAGUUCUCGAGGUUGUUGACACCUUCGUCUUUGACCAUCUCUACUCGAGCUUCUUGCCGGCAUCGACCUGCCUUUUCACUGCGAAUGCGACCUUCUCAAGCGCGAAAGAGGAGCCCACCAAUUUUGCCCUUCCUGCAACAACUUGGCAGUAUGUGCCGGCGUCAAAGUACUUUUCAGUGCAGCCUUCUCGAGCUGCAUAUGAGAGUGCUUGGCCGCGUGACGACUGGCGCAGGCAGCUAGUGACGCUGUAUCUCAUAACAUGGCUGUUUGGAGUCAUUGUCUACUACGUUUUCGCAUCCGCAUCUUACUUCUUGGUCUUUGAUAAGGCGACCUUCGCCCACCCCCGAUACCUCAAGAACCAGAUCAGACUCGAGAUGAAGCAAGCCAACAUUGCAUUUCCUGUCAUGGCUAUCUUCACUGCGCCAUGGUUCCUGGCUGAGGUGCGCGGCUACUCAAAGCUUUAUGACGCAACAGAGGAGGGUCCAGGGGCAUGGUACAAUUGGAUGCAAUUCCCACUGUUUGUCAUCUUCACCGACUUUUGCAUCUAUUGGAUCCACCGCGGUCUGCACCACAAGAGUAUCUACAAAACCCUGCAUAAGCCUCACCACAAGUGGAUCAUGCCUACGCCCUUUGCCUCGCACGCCUUUCAUCCCAUGGACGGAUACGCUCAAGGUCUACCGUACCAUAUAUUCCCCUUCAUCUUCCCGCUGCAGAAGUUCGCAUAUGUCGCGCUCUUUAUCUUCGUCAACAUCUGGACUGUUCUCAUUCACGAUGGCGAGUAUGCCCACAACUCGCCUGUUAUCAACGGCGCUGCUUGUCACACCAUCCACCAUUUGUACUUUAACUACAACUAUGGACAAUUCACCACAUUGUGGGACCGUAUGGGCGGCAGCUACAGGAAGCCGAACGACGAAUUGUUCCAGAAGGAGCUCAAGAUGUGCCAGAGCGAAUGGCAGAAGCAGGCCAAGGCCGUCGAUAAGAUGGUCCAAGAAGUCGAGGGAGAGGAUGACCGUAAAUAUGAACCUGACGCGAAGCACAAGAAGAUGCGCUAGAAGAGAGCGUGUUAAGCACACAAUGCACCAGAUGACAUGGAGGAGGAGAAUCAACGGCGAAGGCUGGGUAUAUGCCGGACCGCUGUACACGGCCACAAAAGUGAGAGAGUCCUGGGCAGCUUCAGUGCAUAGUAUCAUUCAUCGUACUGAGCACGUUCCCUUGACCUUCAAGGUGCUGUUCUAGUUCACGUAUGUAUUUGAUG